UAAAUGCAGAGAUAUAAGAUAUGAAAGCUCUAACCUCACUCACAUGGAAAUGGAGAAUUCAAUGGCUCAUAUGGCAUUGCCGUGAACUCUGCAACGCUUCCCUCUUCUUUCCUUUUUGUCAUAAAUAACGCAUUUCAUCCCACACCUAACCCAUUUUUAGAAUCUCCUCUACAAAACCAAACCAAAUCUUCUCUGCUACUAAUAGAUCCCUUCUUUUUCUCGUUUCCAUCUACUUAUGGAAAAAUUUCAAGAACCAUUAAAAACCCAAAAAUCCAAUAACAAGUCUCUUGUUUGGGACUGUGGGAGCUCUCUUUACGACUCUUUUGAACUCAAAUCUUUUGAGCGUCAGCUUUACUCAGCUAUUCAUUCUAGAAGUUUAUCUAUGCCUCAUUUACCGGACCGAAGAGUUGCCAUGGUGGCAGCCGGUGUAGCUCCUCCUCCUCCUCCUCCUCCUCCUCCUUCUGUAUCCAAGAAACCCUCCAAGAUUUCCCGUUCACUCCAAAAGUUCCUCAAGUCCAUGUUUAAGUCUAAACAAAAUCCUACUGGCUUGUUUCGUUUCAAAGAUCGACCUGGCGAUGAAUACUACGUCGUUUAUGAUAAGUCCGGCGCUCUUUCCACUAUACCUGAAGUACCGGAGAUUGACGUUGGUGGGUUUUCACCGGAGAUUAACUCGUUGGUUAGGAGAAGUAACUCCGGAAGUUUCGCGGCAGCGCCUACUUCAAUGAUCGGUAUUUCGUGUGCUUAGAAAUCCAUAAAUAAUCAUAUGAAAAUAGUUUUUGUAUAAUAGGACUUCCUUUUUUUUUUUUUUUUCUAAAUUUUGUGUUUUUUUACGUUUAAAUAAUAGGAUGUUUUAUAUUAAUUUUC